CAGCCCUUCGGACCACCCCACCGAGGGAGGGCCCUCAAGGACGGCCGUCGGAGCCAAUGGGUGUGCCCGAGGUGCCCAGGCCCGCCUCCCCCGCCAACCAACGAGCGCACGGAGGGUGGGGCCUCCUCGGGCUCUGCCGCGCCGCUGCCUGCUUCUCCGCCUCCUGCUCCUCACCAGCACGAAAGCCGGGACUCGACUGAGCUGAGUUGUGCUUGUCGGCGAAGCGGAGUGGGCCGGGGGAGGGGAGGUUCGUUCCUCGGAGCCGCAGCCAGAACCGGGUUCAUUGGCAUGGAUAAAUGUUCAGUGGGAGGAUUAGAACUGACUGAACAGACUUCUGCUUUAUUAGGGAAUAUGGCCAUGGCAACUAGUCUCAUGGACAUAGGGGAUUCAUUUGGUCAUCCAGCUUGUCCUUUAGUCAGUAGAUCUAGGAACUCACCAGCGGAAGAUGAUGAUGAUGAUGAUGUUGUGUUUAUUGAAUCUAUACAACCUCCUUCAAUUUCUGCUCCAGCAAUAGCUGAUCAAAGAAACUUCAUAUUUGCAUCAUCAAAAAAUGAAAAGCCACAAGGAAAUUAUUCUGUAAUUCCUCCUCCUUCAAGAUAUUUGGCGUCUCAGAAAGGAAAUAUAAGUGAGACAAUUGUUAUUGAUGAUGAAGAGGACAUAGAAACAAAUGGAGGAGCAGAGAAAAAUUCUUCCUGUUUUAUUGAAUGGGGACUUCCUGGAACUAAAAGCAAAACCAAAGAUUUGGAUUUCUCCACUUCCCGUCUUUCAAGAAGUAAGACCAAGACUGGAGUAAGACCUUUUAACCCUGGUAGAAUGAAUGUGGCAGGAGACUUAUUUCAGAAUGGAGAAUUUGCAACUCAUCAUAGUCCUGAUUCUUGGAUCUCCCAGUCAGCUUCAUUUCCCUGUAAUCAGAAACAGCCAGGGGUGGAUUCUUUAUCACCAGUGGCCUUACUUCGUAAGCAGAAUUUCCAGCCUACAGCCCAACAACAACUUACUAAACCAGCUAAAAUCACUUGUGCAAAUUGCAAAAAGCCUUUACAGAAGGGACAGACAGCUUAUCAACGAAAAGGAUCAGCUCACCUCUUUUGCUCUACCACCUGCCUUUCUUCCUUCUUUCGUAAACGUACUCAAAACACACGAAGUGUAAUAUGUAAAAAAGAUGCAUCUACAAAGAAGGCUAAUGUUGUUCUUCCAGUAGAAUCAAGCAAAUCCUUCCAAGAAUUUUGUAGUACAUCUUGUUUGUCUCCCUGUGAAAACAACCGGAAUCUUAAAAAAGGAGUUUUUAAUAAGUCAAGAUGUACAAUUUGUAGUAAAUUAGCAGAGAUUCGCCAUGAAGUCAGCGUAAAUAAUGUAACACAUAAACUGUGCAGUAACCAUUGCUUUAAUAAGUACAGAUUGGCCAAUGGUCUAAUAAUGAACUGCUGUGAACACUGUGGAGAGUACAUGCCUAGUAAGAGUACUGGAAACAACAUCCUGGUGAUUGGAGGUCAGCAGAAGAGAUUUUGCUGCCAAGGUUGUAUUAACGAAUAUAAACAGAUGAUGGAAACAAAAUCAAAAAAAUUAACAGCAUCAGAAAAUAGAAAAAGGAAUGCUUUUAGAGAAGAAAAUGAGAAACAAUUCUGUGGAUCAUCAAAUACACUUUGGAAAAAAAUAGAGGGAAUCCCAGAAAAAAAGGAAAAGACUUCACAGCUACAGCUUUCAGUAGAAUGUGGCACGGAUACAUUAGUGAUCCAAGAGAAUAUGAAUUUACCUCCUCCUUCCACGUCAACCAUAGCUGAUACAUUUCAAGAGCAACUGGAAGAGAAAAAUUUUGAAGACUCCAUUGUACCAGUUGUGCUUUCUGCAGAUCCAGGUACGUGGCCCCGAAUUUUGAAUAUUAAACAACGGGACACUCUUGUUGAAAAUGUUCCGCCUCAAGUAAGAAAUUUUAACUUUCCAAAGGAUAAUACAGGGAGGAAGUUUUCAGAAACUUAUUAUACACGGAUUCUUCCAAAUGGUGAAAAAACCACUAGAUCCUGGUUACUUUAUUCAACCUCAAAAGAUUCUGUGUUUUGUCUAUAUUGCAAACUCUUCGGGGAAGGAAAAAAUCAACUGAAAAAUGAAAGUGGGUGCAAAGAUUGGCAACAUUUAUCACAUAUUCUUAGUAAACAUGAAGAAAGUGAAAUGCACAUCAACAAUAGUGUUAAGUACUCAAAAUUAAAAUCUGAUCUGAAAAAAAAUAAAGCUGUUGAUGCUGCAGAACGCAGAUUAUAUGAAAAUGAGAAAAAUGAUGGUGUGCUAUUGCUGUACAUGUAAUAUACCUGAUUUGUUUUUUGGCAUGAUGAUCAGAAUCUUACAUUACUCAGAAAACAUCUAUCCUGCAAUAGUCAGUACUAUUGUGUUGUAAGUCUCCUCUACAGAGUAACUUGCAGCAGUUCCUUAGCAAUAAGUAUGUUAGCAAAUAAAUGGCAAAGAAUGUUUCCAUUCUAAAUCUAAAACUAAUUAGUUUCGGUUGUCAUUAGGCAAUGACUUCAUUAGGCAAUGAAGAUUAACAAUAGGUAAUUGUUAAUCUUCAAAAAUCUAUCAAUUUACACCUAUUUAAAAAUUGGCAUUUAAUGACUGCCAUUUGACGGGUUUGGUUAAUAUUCUGUUCUUGGCCGGGCACAAUGGCUCACGCCUGUAAUCCCAGAACUUUGAGAGGCCCAGGCGGGUAGAUCAGUUGAGGUCAGAAGUUCAAGACCAGCCUGGCCAACAUGGCAAAACCUUGUCUUUACUAAAAAUACAAAAAUUAGCCAGGUGUGGUGGCACACACCUGUAGUCCCAGCUACUCAGGAGGCUGAGGCAGGAGAAUCGCUUGAACCCAGGAGGCAGAGGUUGCAGUGAGCUGAGAUUGCAUCACUGCACUCCAGCCUGAGCAACAGAGCAAGACUCACUCUCAAAAGAAAAAAAAAUUAUGUUCUAAUUACCUUGAAAGAGGAAAGAAAGGCUUGAAUUGAUCAAUACCAGUUUGAAUAAGAUACUUAUGUGAACAAGCAUUCUCAACAUUAUUAUUAAAGUAAAACUACUCAGUUUACAGAAUGGGAUCUGAAACUACAGCUUUUUGCUAUUAAACCAAAUACUUGUGAUCUACUUCGUUUGAGCAAAACAUUUUUAUUUGAGCAAAACAGCAUUAUUUGUUAUGUUAAUGAUGGUUAAUUUUCAUUUUAUUGGUUUUAUGUUUAUUUUAAUUUGUAAAUGUUUUAGCAUUUAUUAUUGCAUGUGAACUAUAUUUACCUAUUUUAUGUUGAUAAAAAUAUAAAAAAUAUUAAAAUAAGUAUAUAUUAAGUUAACCUUCAAGUGUUAUAGGCUUUUUUCUCCCUGUGAAAAGAGAUGGCAUGCUUGAAAUUUGAGAUACACCAAUGAAAAUUAAGGAUUUAAGUUAUUUUAGAUGGUCAGCAGCCCCAUCACUGUGUAUUUAGUAAAUCUCCCUUCUGUUUCUGAUUUUUUAUGUCAAUUUUAUAAUAUAUUAAAUUUUUAUAUACUAUUCCUGUGAAACAAAA